AUGAAUCUGCCACAAGUAGAGACAAGGACAAAACAUCGUCCUCCCGAGUUUGGAGUUCAGUUGAAUAUUGUACACAUCGCCCAUUGUAAGAGAGCCCAAAUGGUCCUCGAUCAACAGCAACUCGCGUGGGGAACGAUUUAUGAACUAGCACGAGGCGUCACUCGUGGCAUGUGGACGUUCGAAGAUAUGACGGAACAUCGUUUGUGUCAACUCAAGGGUUCAAAUGUGCAAGCUGCAUGGAAAGUGGCUGCCGUCAUCAAAAACGAGAUGGGGCCGUCAUCUGCAAUGAGAGCACCAUCAGAAAUUUGGUUUGAAUACGAUCGAGAGCAGCUUGCGAUUAUUGAAAGUAAAGGCCGCGGCCUGGGAACUAUGGGCGACUGGGAGGGAAAAGAGAAUUGGUACGGAGGCAAGAUCCAGCAAGUUGCCCGUAUCGUGAGAGCUGGAAGUUCGUUUAAACUCGAGCUCGAGAAACCCGAGAUUCGGCGGUCGCAUCGAUUUGCUCGGUUUUUGGGGUCUCGACGCAUCCUCCAAGUCCGUGUUCCGGCUAGCCUGAAAUAUGACACAGAAGUUCCCAAGUUUCUGGAGUCCAGCAAAUUUGUGUUAUGUGGCCGCGUCUUCGUACCAUUUCAUGCGAAGGAAGGCAGUGUCUACCUCUUUGAAACCAACGAAAAUAUAGAUCGGCAGACUAACCCUGGUGAUGGCGACGGUCAUCGACUAACACUUCAUGAAUUUGUACAGUGGCACAAUCCAUUGAGGUUGAAUUCAAAACAGCCCAUCAGCAAAUGGUCUACCCGAUGGGCGCUCGGCCUAUCAACUUCGGUACCAACAAUCAAAUUUGCUCCUGAGAAUAUAUUCUUCAUUGACGAUCAAUGUAGCAUUUCCUCUAGCUUGCAAACUAUGCACCCAGCUGAAAAAAUCAUGACCGAUGGGUGUGGGUUCAUCAGCGGUGCAGCAUUGACUGCCAUCAUGCGAGUAAUCCAAUAUCCGAGUCGACCGACGGCCGUGCAGGGACGUAUUGCUGGUGCCAAGGGAAUGUGGGUGCUGCACCCAGAUCCUGAAUAUCAAGUCGUCGAUGGACCACCAAAGAUUUGGAUACGCAACUCGCAGAACAAAAUCAAUUGCGGACCUCUGCACAAUGUUGACGCCGCCCAUAGAAUUUUCGAUCUUGUUGCGCCGUCUCGUGUGACUGGACCGAGCCGCUUAUCCAGAGACACCCUGGUAAAUCUAGCGCACAAUGACGUCCCCACCAGUAUUUUGAAGGAACUAAUGGCUGAUGGGCUGCACAAUGAAGUGUGUCAGCUCACUGAAUGGAACGGCCCCAAUUCAAUGCUCAUAGUUUGGCGAGCUGUUGAGCGUGCUGGUCGUGUUGUGACUUGCAGACUGCGGCGGCGGAUUGCUGGCCAGGCCCGUGCAUUCGGCCUUGGCCAACUCCGACCCAACGAGGAGCUGAGUGACGAGAUUGAUGGUGAUGAUGAUGAUGAUGAUGAUGAUGAUGAUGAUGAUGAUGAUGAUGAUGAUGAUGAUGAUGAUGAUGAUGAUGAUGAUGAUGAUGAUGAUGAUGAUGAUGAUGAUGAUGUCGCAUUGGACCAGCCACCGGCUGCCUCGGAUCCCCGAAGUCGCAAUCCCCAUAGCGGCCAACCGACCUCUCUACACGAAUCUGUCCUCGAGCUUCUCCAGGCAGGAUUUCACCCCUUAAAGCUCGACCCGCUCUUUUGCAAACUCCAAAGCGUGGUGACGCUCGUUCUGGACGAUUAUGUAAAAAAAUGUCAUAUUCCAAUCAAGGAGUCCCUUGAGGCCUACAUCAUACCAGAUCCGUACGGUGUUCUUGAAGAGGGCCAGAUCCAUUGUCGGUCGUCGCAACUCAUCACCGACCCUCAAAGUGGAACCCAUAUGGAUAUCAUAACAGGACCUGUUUUAGUGUGGAGGAAUCCCACGAGAUUGCCCUCAGACGUCCAGAAGGUCACUGCCGUCAGUCACCCAAGGUUGGCAAGUUACUUUGAUGUCAUUGUAUUUUCGGUGAAAGGCGAACGGUCACUGGCGAGCUACUUGGGUGGUGGAGAUACCGUCGUGCUGAUCUGGUCUAAAAACCUCGUUGAAAACUUUAACACCGCUCCGCUGUGUGAGACACCCGUGGAUUUGAGGAACGACUUCGAACAAGAGGUCGAACACCUUCUUGAUUUUGACCGACGAGUAUCCAAGCUCUCAGACAAAGAGGCUCAAACAGCUUUUCAGAAGGUUUUGCUGCUCGGGCUCGCGGAGACGAAGCGCGGAAUGUAUUCUGGCUUUCAUGAUGCGGCUGUGUUUACAACGUGCCUAGAUGCAAGCAAGACUGGGCUAAGAGUCAAACACCAUGUUUUCGAAGCAGACCGCAAUUCUCGCGGGAGCCGCAAACCAUAUUACCAAGUGGCAGCUCUAGAAAAGAGCGACUAUCCCAGAGAAGACUCGCCGUUAUUGAAGCGAGUGAAAUCAUCAUCUUUUAUCCUCGAUGACCUCGUGGACGAGGGCAAUCGCCUCCGUAACGAGUUUGUCAAGAAGUACUCAAGCCUCCGCAGUUCCUCGCCCCGUGCUUUGAGCCGUGAUGCCCAUCUCACCUCUCCUUACACAUCUGCAUCUUACAGGGCAACACAAGCGGUGCAUGUCGGUUUCCAAGGAUUGCAGGCCAACCUCACUGUUGCAAAAAAGCAUGUCGACAAAGCAUACCAAGACUGGCUACGCGCCAUUGCAAUGCCGAAAAGUGCCUCAAGCUCUGGGCGCUCUUCUGAUCCCAAGGAACAACAGAUCCAAAAAGCUGCGCAAUAUUUCGCCCGGCGGCCGUCGUUCCAAGACGUACUCUUUUUUUCAGAGGAGGAGCUCAAGACUAUUAUGGCAUCGUAUGCUUACACUCUCAGCCAGUCAUUCGGGUUCUCUGUUGCCUUCACAGAGCUUUGCGCCAUCAAAGCGCGAGUACAAGGCGGGGUCCUUUUCGAGGAUAAGUUUGCACAGGUUAUGAACAUACCUAACAAUAUCCUACGAGCCCUUUCGCAGGCACAGGAUGGCGUAGAUGAUUGA